AUACUUCACGAGCUGCCGAGAGACCCAUGGAAUCUGCUCGGACGAUCGAGCUGGAAGAAAGAACAAGAGUUUUAGAAAUGGCCACGAGAAAAAUCCUCUCUCGGUUGAUCCCUGAUGACCCCUUAAUUCCCCUAUUGAAUAGGGGUGAACAGCCGGCAGCAGUAGUUGCAACCCGCAACUCCCCAGCCUUGAGCAAUGUAGUGAUCCCAACUAGAUCAAGAGAAAGUGGGAAGUUAAAUCCAGAACCAAGCUCGUCUAGGCACAAUGAAGAAUUGCUAAAGAAGAAUGCUGAUCUUGAGAGACAACUUAAAGAUGUACAGAAGUCUAUUGACGAGCUGAAAAGUCCCAGGUCGCGCCAACAGGCUCUCGACCUAGAUAGUGCUCCUCUCAACUUAUCCAUCAUUGCUAAACCAUAUCAAAAGGGAUUUAAGAUUCCUCAUUGGGAGACAUACGAUGGCUCGGGAGACCUGAAUGAACAUUUGCAUACUUAUCAGACUAUCAUGAGAAUCCAGAAUGCCACCAACGCUAUGAUGUGCAAAGUCAUUCCCGUGACAUUGAAAUCAACUGCCAGAAGAUGGUACCACAAGUUACCCAGACAUUCUAUAGCCUCCUAUUCUGAGCUUGCCACUCUGUUUUUAAACAAAUUUGCGAGUCAAAGGAAAAUUAAGCGCACCGCUACGGAGCUGAUGCAGGUUCAUCAAAAGAAGGGAGAAUCUUUGAAGGACUAUAUGCAGCAGUUCAACAAGUCCACUCUGGGCAUUGAUAAUGUCCCUGAUAGCAUCUGCUUAUCUACUUUGUUGCAUGGUCUCAAACUUGGCCGGUUCCUGGACGACUUAUUAGAGAAUCUGCCUAAGUGGUGGAAUGAAGUAAAUGACAGUGGGAUACUCCCACCAUCUGGCACAAUCAACAUGAUUUCUGGCGGCAUGCAUUCAGGAGGCCAAAGUGCUCGAGGUUGUAAAGCUUAUGCUCGUCAAGUGAUGGUGGUAAAUAAGAAUAGACCUCUGAAACGACCUUUUGAAGAAGCAGAAUGGGAAAAUGCACCAAUUACAUUCAACCCGGCUGAUUACAAACGGUCAGAGGAAGAACUACACGUUAUGAUGCCCCAUGUUGACCCCUUCGUGACAACAGUUCAUAUUGGCAAUCAUAACGUCAACAAGGUCUUUAUAGACACGGUCAGCUCUCCUGACAUCCUCUAUUGGAGCUAUUUCCAAAAGAUGCAGUUAAACCCAAGUUCUUUGAGGAAGUAUGAGUGGCCAAUCUAUGGAUUUGACAAUCAGCUUGUCCUUGUUGAAGGAGUAAUUACCCUUGGCGAGGAAGAACCAGACGUUAUGAUGCCCCAUGUUGACCCCUUCGUGGCAACAGUUCAUAUUGGCAAUUAUAACGUCAACAAGGUCUUUAUAGACACGGGCAUCUCUCCUGACAUCCUCUAUUGGAGUUGUUUCCAGAAGAUGCAGUUAAACCCGAGUUCUUUGAGGAAGUAUAAAGAGCCAAUAUAUGGAUUUGACAAUCAACCCAUCCCUGUUGAAGGAGUAAUUACCCUUCCCAUCUACGUGGGCGUUGAACCACGGUGUGCUCAAAGGAAACCAAAAAAUCAGAAAAUGGCCAGAACCUACUAUCAAGAUACUUUUAAAAAGGUCAAGCUCACAGUAGCACCCAAGACCCUAGCUCCAAACGUUUCUAGACCAAGCCAACCAGGUCAACAGAUAAUGAGCAUAUCUAACAUAGAUCAUCAACCUAAGAAUGUGGAGCAGAAAGCCGAGCCAGUAGAACCGAUUGAGACAGUUCCUUUAAGCCUAGAUGAACCAGAUAAAACAGUAAAAAUAGGAACCAAACUCACACCGGAAGAAAAAAUCCAGCUCCUGCAAUUUUUGAAAGCUAAUAGGGAUGUAUUUGCGUGGACAACAAAUGAAAUGCCUGGCAUACCAACAGAGUUCGUAGUACACAAGCUCAGUACGGAUUCCACCAGGAAGCCAAUGGUUCAAAAGCGUCGCCUUAUAGGCCUUGAGAAGCAAGCAGUCAUAGAUGAGGAAAUAAGGAAACUAUUACAGGUUCAGUUGCUGUUAGAUGACCAAGAAAAAAUGGCAUUUUACGCGGGGGACGCGGUUUACUAUUAUGUAAUGAUGCCAUUUGGCUUGAAGAAUGCUGGCGCGACAUACCAAAAAUUGGUCCAAGUCGUCUUUAAGCUGCAAAUUGGUCGGAAUAUUGAAGUAUAUGUGGACGAUAUGACUGUCACCAGUCUCCGAGCUGAAGACCAUCAAAUUUCUAGGAUACGUGGUAUCCAAGAAGGGGAUCGAGGUGAACCCGACAAGGUUGAGGCUGUGCAGCAUAUGGAAUCCCCUAAAACAAUAAAGGAUGUGCAGCAUUUAACAGAUGAGGCAGUCAGUUCAGUCCUCUUAAGAGAGCAAGAUAAACAGCAGAAACCCAUCUGUUACACAAGUAAAGUCUUGCAGGGUGUUGAGCGGAAUUAUCCAAUAGCUGAAAAAGUUGCUUUUGCACUCGUAUGCACCACUCGAAAGCUAAGAGCAUAUUUUCAAUCCCAUGAGAUUGUUGUGUACACCGACCUAUCAUUGCGAAAGAUACUACAAAAACCAAAACUAUCUGGUCGGCUGAUUGGAUGGCCAGUCAAGCUAAGCGAGUAUGACUUCAAAUUUCAGCCGCGCACAACCUUCAAGGGCCAAGUUUUAGCAGAUUUCCUGGUUGAAUAUGGGGCAGCUAAUGUUGAAGGGUCGAGAGCAGGAGCAGUGCUGCUGGGUCUAGAUGGUUUCAAAUCUGAGCAUUCCCUGAGAGCAGCACAUUUUACACUGAUUGAAGAUCAUUUAUACAAGCAAGCAACUUCAAUGCCUUUAUUACGCUGCCUCACUUCUUAUGAGGCUAAAUAUGCUAUAAGAGAGGUUCAUGAAGGAGUGUGUGGCACACACAUUGGAGGAAAAACCCUGGCUAGGAAGAUCUUAAGGCAUGGAUACUACUGGCUUACCAUGGUUGAGGAUGCCCAAAAUUAUGUCAAAAAAUGUCCAACCUACCAGUUCAAUGCUAAUGACAUUCACAUUCCAGCCGAGAGGCUAUCAUCCCUCAUAUCACUCUGGCCUUUCGCCCAAUGGGGAGUAGAUUUGCUCGGCCCUUUCAAAAAAGGCAAGGGAGGUUGCACAUAUCUUAUAGUUGCUGUGGACUACUUGACUAAGUGGAUAGAAGCCAAAUCGCUAUCCACGAUGACUGAAAAGAAAAUAGAGGAAUUCCUCUUCAAUUCCAUACUGUCAGCACUCAGGUCGUUUUGUGAUGACUAUAACAUCGAGCUGACCCUCACUUCUUCUAAUUGGGUUGACGAGCUUAACAAAGUUCCAUGGACAUGUCGCACCACACCCAGCUCGGCCACGGGUGAAACCCCAUUCUGCCUCGCCUAUGGAGCCGAGGUUGUAAUCCCAAUGGAAGUUGGUUUGUCAUCCAAUGGGUCAGCUCGUUACAAUGAUUAUGAUAAUGAACAACUCUUGAGAGAAAAUCUAGACUUUGUCAAGGAGGUUAGGGAGAUCUCCCGAAUAAAAAACAUGACCUAUCAGAACCGUGUGGCUAGAUUUUACAAUAAAAGGGUGCGAGCUCGGCAAUUUCAAGUUGGUGACUUGGUUUUACACAAGGUUGGGCUCACUAAUGCUUACUCACAUAUGGGUAAGCUCACUCCGAACUGGGAAGGUCCUUAUAUGGUUAUUUGUGUUAAGCGACCUGGGUCUUACCUGUUAGUAGAUCUACAAGGUUAUCAGUUGCCAUUUGUUUGGAACAUACAUAGCCUUAGGAAGUUUUACAAUUAAUGUGUAUGUUAUUAUUUUAUCAACGAACUGUAUUUGGAAAUGUAAAGAAUGUGCACAGCUCAAUAAAUGCAGAAAUUUCAA